AUGAUGCGCGGAGGCUUCAAUAUAGCGUCAGCGCGCCUCUCACAGCUCAUCGGGCCAGCACAUUUCCCGAUAUCACAAAGGUCCCUUUCAUUACCGAAACUCACCACCACGCGUCUCUUCACGUCCUCCACAGUCCAAAACUCACCCUCGCCUUUCCGCCUAUCCUCGAACAAAGACAAGCCUUCUCCCACCUCUGAUUCCACCACUUCUUCAUCUUCAUAUUCUUCUUCGCUGCCACCAGAAGACUUCUCCGAUGUCUACUACAGCCCCUACAAACCCAAGCGCCAAUGGCCCCCAGACAUGACCAAGCUCUCGCCGAAACACCAGUUCCGGCUCGAGCGCAAAUACCGGCGGCGCGCGGCGCUCAAGUAUGCGCGGCCGAAGUUUAUGAAGACCGUGACUUUGGCGCAGUGGGUUGUUAUCGGCUUCGUCGCCAUCUAUGCAGUCCUCUUCAUGGAGUGGGAUACCAGGGAUACGCCCUUCGACGGCAUCCGAGAGAGUUUCUUCUCUGCGCUGCGGACGGUGUUUUCCAGUCCGCCGCCGCCUGGGCCAGUGAGGAGGGAAAAGACUCAGGGCGAGUCGUAA